AGUUUCUGCUCUGACUGGUGUUUUUUCAGGAACUUUMCAGUUUUCAGCCUGUUUGCUCCAGUUAACCGUUAAUCAAUAACUGAAUCAGUUGAUUAUUGUUUUAAUAAUGCGACCUGAAGCAGAGUAAAAUGAAAGAGUGAAUAAUACAGUUUGAGCUGAUUUUGAAACUUUUCCUUCGAUCCCAGAUGGAGGAGGAGAAGAAGCGGAAGAAGGAGGAAGCUGCCAGGAAGAAGCAGGAGCAGGAGAUGGCGAAACUCGCCARGAUGAGAGUCCCUCCGUGUGAGAUGUUUCGCUCAGAAACGGACAAAUAUUCCAGGUUUGACGACACGGGUUUCCCCACUCAUGACGCUGAAGGAAAGGAGCUGAGCAAAGGCCAAGCCAAGAAGCUGCGGAAGCUGUUCGAGGCUCAGGAAAAGCUCCACGGCGAGUAUCUGCAGAUGAACCAGAACGGGAACUGAGAGUCCGCUUCCCUCUGACGCAGCUUCAGCAGGGACUCGGUUUUAUUCUCCUCGGAUCAGAUCCAGAAAUGUGUGGAUGAAGAGGGGACGCUUCCUCCAUCAGCAGAACCCGGCUGCCACCGCCGCUUCUGGAUCAAACUCACGAACUUCAUCUGUGACGGUUUCCAUCAUGCAUUCCUAUCAGCCGUUCAUUCAUUCAUUCGUUCAUCCGUCUGUAAACGGAUUCAAACAAACUGCAGCGCCGAGUUUCCAGCAGACGAGGAAACUGGAGUCAGGAAAACCUGGGAAGCUGAACCCAAACCCCCUUCACAUCUAACCAAACUGGUGGAAAAAUUCAUUUGUGCUGCUUUUGCUUUGAACAUAUUAAUAAAAGUUUAAAGGUCAA